AUGUCAGGUCGGGAUCCUUUCCCUUCUCCAAAGUUUGAAAACGGCUUCACUCUGAGCGGCUUCAGGCGGCAGCAGAGAACAACAUAUGAUAAGCCAACACACAUCGCCCAAACAGAGGAACCCUGGAGUCGCCUCCAUGAUACAGGCACUUUGGCCACUACCCGACGGAGUGUUCUGCAUUAUGAGCAUCAAGCUCCAAAAGACAGCCUCGACUUCCAGCUAAAGUCAGUCUAUGACCACAACAAGGACUUCUUCAGGAGCAAGAACCAGAUUUUGUACCAGAAGGAGACCGUCUCUGACAACCACAGGAAAGAGGAAAAAUUAAAUGUGCUGGAAAAGGAACAAGAGAAAGACAUGAGAGUGUGGGUCGACCCACAGAGGCGUUCCAUUUACAGCAUCAAGUGA